AAACUCUCUCGAAACCCCCGCUGACUCUCCCGGCCGAUGGCCUCCAUGGACGAGCUCGAGCCCCCGAGCGGCACCUCCGAUUUAGAGUCGCAAGAGCUUCUCUCCGAUGCGGUUCUCGUCGGCUUCGUCCUCGCUGACAUCGUCGGCCUCCGCCACUACUCCGGCGUCAUCAGAGGCCGGGAGAUGGUCGGCCUCGUCCGCGAGCCCCUCAACCCUUACGAUCCUAAUGCUAUCAAGGUCCUCAACACUCGCACUGUCCAGGUUGGCCACAUCCGGCGUGGCUCCGCCGCCGCCCUCGCGCCGCUCAUCGACUCGCACCUCGUCACCGUAGAGGCCAUUGUGCCAAAACCCCCUUCCAAGAAUCGGAAUCCCUACCGCCUCCCCUGCCAAAUCCACCUCUUUGCCCGCCCCGACGCGAUUCCGAUUGUCCGCGCCGCCGUCUCCGAGGGAGGGCUUGAGCUCAUCGAGUACGGCGACCAUCAGUUCGGUCUUUCGGAGGCCGUCAUCAUACAGGAAGAGAGUUCUAAGAAGUCCAAGUCAGGGAAGGGCAGCAAGAGCGUCGACGAGAUCUUUGCCCUAGUUAGAAAGGUCGAUGAGGGGAAAUUUGCUCCUUUGGAGCCUCCUAAAGACAUUAUUUUGUCAGAGCUGUUCGAGCACCAGAAAGAAGGGUUAGGGUGGUUGGUUGGGAGGGAGAAUUCGUCUGACCUGCCUCCAUUUUGGGAAGCACGGAAUGGAACUUUUGUGAAUGUGUUGACGAAUCACGAGACCUCAGAGAGGCCAGAGACGCUGAAAGGUGGGAUCUUCGCCGACGAUAUGGGUUUAGGAAAGACUCUUACUCUACUUUCUUUGAUUGCCAUCGACAAGUGUGGUGGCUUUCCCAGUUCCUCCUCAUCAAGUCUUCAGGAAGAACAUGAAAGGCUAAGAUCUUCGAGUAGUAGAAAGUCUGGGAAGAAAACUACUGCUCCACGGAAAAGACGCAAACUUGAUGGUGGAAGUGUCACACAGACUGAAGAUGCCUUGCGACCUAAAACGACAUUGGUUGUUUGUCCUCCUUCUGUUUUCACAUCAUGGAUAACUCAAUUGGAAGAACACACCAUGCCUGGGAGCUUGAAAGUGUAUUUGUAUCAUGGAGAUCGCACACAGGAUCCCGCGGUGCUUUUGCAACAUGACAUUGUUAUGACAACCUAUGCCACUUUGUCUGCUGAGUUCAAUGAUUCUAACUCUCCUAUGAAGGAAAUUGAGUGGUACAGAGUUAUUCUUGAUGAAGCUCACUUGAUUAAAAAUUCUGCGGCUAAGCAAACAAAGGCAGUCAUUGCUCUGAAAUCUGAGAGAAGGUGGGCAGUGACAGGGACACCUAUUCAGAAUAGUUCUUUUGAUUUGUUUUCGCUUAUGGCUUUCUUGAAAUUUCAACCAUUUGCAAUCAAGAGCUACUGGCAGAACUUGAUUGAACGCCCACUUUAUCAAAGGAAAAAGAGCGGGAUAGCUCGCCUACAGGCCUUGAUAGGAACAAUAUCCUUGCGGAGGACAAAAUAUGCAGAAGAUGGAAGUGGUGGUGUGGUUGGGCUUCCACGCAAAACUAUUGUAACCUGUUAUGUAAACCUAUCUGCCGAGGAACUAGAAUUUUAUGACCAUAUUGAAUCUGAAGCUCAAAACACUCUCAGAGAGUACCUUGAUACAGACACUUUACUGCGUAAUUAUUCGACUGUGCUUCAUAUAUUACUAAGACUAAGGCAGAUUUGCAACGACAUGGAGUUGUGUCCUUCAGACAUCCAAUCUUUCCUUCCACCCAGUGCCCUUGAAGAUGUUUCUCAGAACCCAGAGUUGCUUAAGAAAUUAGCAUCCUUGGUUGAUGAAGGAGAUGAUUUCGAUUGUCCAGUUUGCCUUUCUCCACCUCAGAGGAUUGUCAUUACUUGUUGUGCUCACAUAUUUUGUCAAGCCUGCAUACUGAAAACCCUAAAACAGGUCAAUGCCUGUUGUCCCAUCUGUCGUCAUUCCUUAUCGAAAACUGACCUUUUUGUGGCGCCGCAAACAAAAUCCUUCAAUGACGACAUGUCAAAAGCUCACUCAAGAAAUAGGCCAUUAUCUUCAAAAGUCACUACCUUGUUGAAACUUCUAUUAGCAGACAAGGAGCAGAAUCCCUCGACAAAAUCUGUCAUCUUCUCACAGUUCAGGAAGAUGCUUAUUUUGCUUCAAGAGCCACUUAAGGAAGCCGGUUUUGUGGUUUUGCAAUUGGAUGGUUCGAUGAGCACAAAAAAGAGGACUGAGGUGAUAAAGAAAUUCACAGCAUCUGGUCCUGGAACACCAAUGAUUCUACUCGCCAGUCUAAAGGCUGCAGGUGCUGGAAUAAACCUCGCAGCGGCAUCCCGAGUCUACCUUUUCGAGCCAUGGUGGAAUCCUGCAGUCGAGGAGCAAGCGAUGGACAGAGUGCAUAGAAUUGGGCAACGUGAAGAAGUGAAGGUCGUGAGGAUGAUAGUGAAGGACAGCAUCGAGGAGAGGAUUCUGAUGUUGCAGGAAAAGAAGAAGAGCUUAGCGAGUGGUGCUUUUGGGAAGAAAUCAACAAAUGAUCAACAGCGAAUGCGCAUUGAAGAUUUACGCAUUAUGAUGCACAUCUAAGUGAACAUCUCAUCAUUUCAGACGGCUACUUUUGAGAAGAGGAAGACAUGAAUGGCUCUUGGAACCACAGAAAGUGUAAUCAGAAGGCACAAUUAUAUUUUAUCAGAAAUUAAUUGACUAAUUUGAGUCAAGUUGAGGCAAAUAAAUAAUCAGGGAAGUAGUAGCUACCAAAAAAUCAAUGCUUUGCUUCAUCAUUUUAAUUCACCACACAUGUCAACGUAUUUCAUUUUUAUUUCUAGUAAACUUUAUUAUAUAUCUAGUUUAAUCAUACUCUUCACCAUUAAUUAGUGUUUUUGAU